GCGAAAAGAACAAGUUCAAUGAGGGAAUGUGAUUUAAAAACGACAUUAGAACCUCAAAACCAUGAAAAAAAGGCCCACGAAUUAAGAUGGAGCUGAGAUGGGACACAGUUCAACUGAGCCAAAACCAUGCAUUCGUAGUUGGUGAAGGGAAGCUUUAAGUUCAACUAAGAAAACAGACAAGUAUAAACAUAAAAAUACGCCCAAUUUCCCCUUUUUAUCACAGACCCUCUCUUCCCCAUUACAAGCAAUCAGCUCAAUGCCACAACCAGCGUUCUUGCGAACUCAGUCCGAAGCAUUAAGUGAAGCAAGCAUUUUCAGGUUCUGAUAAAGAGACGCAUGACACUUAACGUCAGCGUGAACCCAUUCAUAAAGAUCAUCUUUAACCUCAACCACUUUAUCCUCUUGUUUUUUCAUUUUGACACACAAAAGAAAAGAAAGAAGACUACAAGCAAAAGACACUAACCUCUGGAUGCCAUCUCCCUUUCGCAGAAGUACAAUGAAAAAACACAAAAGCCCCAAUAGCGUAACAUGAAUCUCGGGAGCAGUCUGGGAUUUAGUCGUCAAACUUAAGUUGGUUUCUACUUUCUCCACAUAAAUCACCAUAGCAGGGGCCUUAAGAAGAUAGUAGGAUAGGAUUGUUGCUACAGCUUCCUUCAUUGUUUUCACCUGCGAUGGCAUCAUCUGCCAUUGGCUAGGUCCGUGAUGCUCAAUGCUGUGUCUGAUUGCUUGUUCUCUCGCUCCUCACGUUUCCAUCGCAUUCUUCUUUUCAAACCUUUGAUAUCUUACCACCAUUUCCACACUUGCGUCACCCACCACUAUGAACUUCUCGGUUAUUUCGAUUCUCUUCUUCAGCAAUCCCUUACUCUCCAACAAGCUCGCCAAAUCCACUCCCAAAUCUUCGUCGCGGAUGCUCAUCAUUCCCCCUUCUUGGCCUCCAGGCUCAUAUCCCUAUAUUCACGCUUUGGGCUUGUCUCUGAUGCACGCAAAGUGUUCAGUUUGGUCCCUUUUGACGAACUCCAGAACCUUCUUCUAUGGAAUUCCAUCAUCAGAGCCAAUGUCACUUAUGGAUAUUAUGAAUUAGCAAUUCAGCUUUAUGUUGCCAUGCAAAAGCUUGGAUUUUUUCCUGAUGGGUUUCACUGGUCUCGUCCAUUGUCAUGUUUUGCAAAUGGGUUUUUGGAAUCAUCUUCAUGUGGUUAAUGAACUUUUGAGCAUGUAUGGGAAGCUUGGGAAAAUGGAAUAUGCGUGCCACCUGUUUGAUAGGAUACUUGUGAGAAGCCUUGUCUCCUGGAAUACCAUGGUGAGUUGCGAUCCUGUUGGUGCUUCUAGGAUCUUUAAGAGGAUGGAGUUGGAAGGUUUGCAACCUAACUCUGUGACAUGGACUUCACUGUUGUCAAGCCAUGCUAGAUGUGGAUUUUAUGAUGAAACCCUUGAGUUGUUUAAGUUGAUGAGAACAAGGGGGGUUGAAAUCAGUGCUGAAGCAUUAGCUGUGGUGUUAUCUGUGUGUUCUGAUAUGGUUGAUGUUGACAGGGGCAGUGAAAUCCACGGGUAUGUUGUUAAAGGUGGAUAUGAAGAUUAUUUGUUUGUAAAGAAUGCACUGAUAGGUGGUUAUGGGAAGCAUGAACAUCUUAGGGAUGCUCAUAAAGUGUUUUUUGAGAUGAAGGCCAGGAACCUAGUAAGCUGGAAUGCUUUGAUAUCAGCUUAUGCUGAAUCAGGAUUGUGUGAUGAGGCCUAUGCAUUGUUUAUGAAGAUGGAGAAAUUGGAUAGUUAUUUGCUAGUGAGGCCUAACGUCAUAAGUUGGAGUGCAGUAAUCUGUGGCUUUGCUUCUAAGGGCCGUUGUGAGGAGUCACUUGAACAUUUUAGGCAAAUGCAGCUUUGCAGAGUAAUCACCAAUUGUGUGACGAUUUCCAGUGUUUUAUCAGUUUGUGCAGAGUUAGCAGCAUUGAAUCUUGGCAGGGAGCUCCAUGGUUAUGCUAUUAGGACUCAGAUGGAUGACAAUAUUUUGGUGGGAAAUGGUCUGAUUAACAUGUAUAUGAAGUGUGGUGGUUUCAAGGAAGGGCAUUUGGUAUUUGAUGAUAUUAAGGGUAGAGAUAUAAUCUCAUGGAAUUCAUUGAUUGGUGGUUAUGGAAUCCAUGGACUUGGCGAGAGAUCAUUAAGAACUUUUGAUGAGAUGCUUGAAGCUGGAAUGAAGCCAGAUAACGUUUCUUUUGUUGCUGUUCUAUCCGCUUGCUGCAGCCAUGCUGGAUUACUGGAUGCAGGUCGCGGCCUUUUCAAUCGGAUGGCCAGUGAAUUUGGGAUAAAUCCUAAUGUAGAGCACUAUGCAUGCAUGGUUGAUCUCCUUGGUCGCGCUGGACUUCUGCAAGAAGCAAGCGACAUUGUUAGAAACAUGCCAGUUGAACCUAAUGACUGCGUUUGGGGAGCUCUUCUAAACUCAUGUAGAAUACACAGAGACAGAGACAUUGCAGAAUAAACAGAAUCAAACAUUCUGAACCUGAAGUCAGAAAUAACUGGCAGCUUCAUGCUGCUUUCCAAUAUUUAUGCUGCAAGUGGAAGAUGGGAGGAUUCAGCAAGGGUUAGGGUCUCAGCAAAAUCAAAAGGGUUAAAGAAAACACCUGGACAGAGUUGGAUUGAUGACGAAUCAGAGCUCUUGCUUGUUACAAACUAGUUAGAGGCAAGAAGAUUAUUUAUUUUUUGCACUGGGUCCUCACAGUAUAUAGUGGAGUUCUUGCUGCAGUGACAAUCUCAGUGAUCUAAUCCGGCUGUGGGUGACUGCAUCAACGUCGAAUCCAAUGAUUUCGCCAGCGACAACUCCAGAGAUCUGAUCCUCAUAUGAUCUUCCAGUCUCGUCAAUUUCCAUUGGAAAGAACAAACUGUGGAGUUGGAAACCCUCACUGGCGACCAUCCCAAUCCAAACCAUGUUGAGUCUCCACAAUGCCACGAAUGUUGUUCUCCGCCUUCGUCAAAACCUUUCCAAAAAGUGUGUUGAAAGAGAUGUGGGGAGGUUGGUGGGCAUUCAGUGCUACAGAGGCAUCAGGCAUGUCGAUGGCUUACCCUGUCGAGGCCAGCAAACUCAUACCAAUGCCCGCACCAGGAAGAGCAGGCCUACUUGGAGGGGAACAAGAUGAAGAUGAAUAUUGCUGCUUGUGAUCAAUCAACAGAUGAGUUGUGUUUUAGUCUUUUAGCUCGGCUAUGAAAGCUAAUUGAAUAAGUUCUUAUUUUUAUGGAAGUUGAUUAGUAACAGUUUAUUGUCUUUAAGUUGGUACUGUCAAUCAUUUGUGCUGAUUGCAUAGGUGUUUUUUCUCUAUUUCCCUAUCUGCUUGAAGAACUAUGAAUCAUCUUGAAGUGGAAUUUGAGUUCCUACCAAUUUAUGAAGGUUCAACUUAGAACUUCUUUUGUGUCUGUGGUUCCGAAUAUUCCAGUUCAUUGAUCGAGUGCAAUUCUAUCUUUUCAUAUUCUUCC